AUGACAGCCGGGACCGUGGUCAUCACAGGUGGAAUAUUAGCAACAGUUAUUUUGCUCUGCAUCAUCGCAGUCCUAUGUUACUGUAGGCUUCAGUAUUACUGUUGCAAGAAAGAUGAGUCAGAAGAGGAUGAGGAAGAGCCUGACUUUGCUGUCCACUCUCACGUCCCACCCCUCCACUCCAACCGAAACAUCGUACUGACUAAUGGGCCCUCACUCUAUCCAUCUUCCUCCUCAUCUUUCAACCAGAAAUCCCCCCAGUGCCACUCCGUCUGCCCCAGCUGCUCCCACUACGAACCACCGACGUUCUUCCUACAGGAUCCUGAGGAAGUUCGAAAUGGAGGGGAGCGCAUCAACUAUAAGAACAUCAGUCAGGAAGACAUAGAGCUGCCAGUGACCUUUGGCGGACUCCAGGCUCUCAACCCCAACCGCCUCUCUGCCAUGCGGGAAGCCUUCUCCCGAAGCCGUAGCAUCAGCACUGACGUCUGAGCCCCGUCCUAACCCCCUGCUCUGGCCCUGCAAAAGGAGAACUGGACUGGGAAUUUGAGAUCUGGGUUCUAGGCCCAGCUUUGCCACCAACUCACUAUGUGACCACAGGCAUGUCGUGGCCUCAGUUUCUUCACCUGCAAAAACAGAGGCUUUGACUAGAUGGUAUUUAAGGUUCCUUUCAGCUCCGUCAUUCUCUGACUUGGGAGCCUUCAGUCCAUCCUCUGGACAUUGAAAAACAGGUUGGCCACUGGGGAAUCCACUAGGGGGGCUGACUGAGAGAGCUUCUGAGAUGAUGGAUGUAUUUUGUUAGUUCACUGAUCCAGCACCAGAACAAGUCAUUCAGUCAAUCAGCAAACUAUUUCCUUAGCCGCUACUGUGUGUCCAGCUCUGCGUUAGGCACUGUAAAGGGCACACACACACACACACACAAAUAGAAAACGCAUUCCCUGCCCUCCAAAAGUUGACAGUCUAGUUGGGGA